GUAAACCGUUGACGAGGUCAAGACGACCCCUAUACGUUUUUUGAAUUUUGCAUAUAAUCACUCUACUUAUCAUCAUUUCUUUUGAUUUACAAUUGGUUUUUGAUUUGUUCAUGCAGUAACACGAUUCGUGACCAGUAACUUUAUUCCCAAGGAAAAACCAAUGAAGCCAGGAGGAACAUUUGCAUUGAAUCCCCAUGCAGCCUCAUAUGUACCACUAUCCAAAAGAGUUGAUGAUAUGGAUGGCUUGGCCACACAUAUUGUGCAGGGACAAGAACAUAUGUUCAUGCCCAACAACGCAUCUGAAAUGGCAUACAAGCUGAUAAGAGAUGAUGAUGAUUUGGAUUUGGAGAUGGAUAUAGACAUAGAUAUUGAAUACCUUCUGGUGACAUUCUCUGGUCUCUCACAAGAGUCUAUAACUGAUGUAUACCUGGCGAACAGCGGUGAUCUUGAAGCAACCAUUGAGAUGCUGAAUCAGCUUGAGAUAUACAGCACUGAAGCUCAAGAACACCUCCCAGAGACAUUGGAUAUUGGGGAUCUCUGUGAAUCAGGGCCAUCAAGCUCAAAGGCGUCAACACAAAAGAAGGCAGCUAUAGAAAUCGCUGUAUCGUCACCUUAGGUGGUUAUUCCUAAUGCAACUGUAUCAGCCUGAUCUGAUAUAUCCUUUGCUGUGAAGUUCUUAUGUAUUUUAUUUUCGGUUGCACACCCACAAUAAGUACAGGUAAUGGGGUGUGUUGUAUCAAUGAAGUUGAUUGUAAUCUUUAGGGUAAAUGAUAUUGAGAGUGAUUAAGUGAUGGUAAAAUGUAUAGUUUCUGGAAGUGGAAAUCUGAGUGAUGUGUUUGUUGGUUGGCAGCUAGUCUGGUCUUUUUUUCCUUUUUUUGUAACUCCAUUUCUUAUGAAUUGGAUUAGUAUGUUUUUUUUUUUUUUUUUUUUUUACAGGAUUAGUAUGAUUUUUACCUGUAUAUUGCCGUUUUAUUUGUUAUAUGAAAUAAUGUAAUCAUUGUAAGUUCUAACGCUUGCUUCUUGACAAUGUAGAAGCCGUAUUUUCUUUAAAAAUAUAGCAAAUAAGAAGAAAGAAAAAAUAAAUGUAUAGCAACUAUAUGUAACCUUAGUACAAUAUGUAAGACUCUUCAAAUCCAUUGUUGCAAAGCAGAGAGAGCAUAUGCCACUUCCUUCUUUUUAAGAAAAAGAAAACUCAAAAGUGUUUAAAAAGAAUUUUAUUUUAAACUUGGACUAUUGCGAGCUUUGCAUUCUACGAUGGCUACAAAGAUAUUAGUGAAACAAAAGGAAACUACAGAUACAGAGAACGCUAUUAACAGAGAUUUUGAAAUCCUCUGUUUCUUGACAGGUUCGGAUUA